AACAAAUCCCCCUAUUGUGGCUAGCUUCACAUAGGUGCUAGCACUAUCACCUUCAAACUACUUAGCACGUUCACAUACUUGUCAUUGUAUAAAGAAAGAGACGACCAUGGCGAAUUGUGACUAUUUACAAACUCAGCUAACAUCUGUUUUGAACUCGCUUGUUAAAAUUGCGGUCGUAGAACUACUGCGAAUUGUAGAGGAUAGCGCCGUUGAACUUCGUCUGGAGGUGUCCAAGAGUAAAUUUGAGAACGAAGCACUGAAAAUUGAGAACGAAUCUAACAAAAAUAAGUUACAGAGUUUGGAAGCAGAACUGUGGACAGCGGGAAAUCGACCAUGUUCAAUAUGUUAUCGUUGUGUUGGUAUUCCAGCUCGCGGUAAAGGUGGAUGCGUCAGCCCCAAAAGAGAUAGAGAUGCUGCUGGUCCUCCUAAUUCUUCAGAGGAGGACAAUGCAUCAUCAUGGCUGCAACAAUCUGCUCAUACCAUGGAAGAGACUACAGCAGCCAUGGAGAGGGAUGGGAUUCACAUCGUUGUCAUUAAGAACGAAGCGGGGCAUGAAGGCACACAUCGGAAGAAAGACACACAGGCUGGAAGUUCAACAGAAGGUGAGCAGCCGUGUCCCAAAGUGGACAUGGUGUAUGGCAAGGAGUGGAGCCAAAGCCUGUGGCGAGACAGAGAUGCUGUCAAGGAGGACUCUGCAGGACCAUCGGUGACCCAGCGACAGUGGCUUACACCUGGGCAGUCAAGCUCUGUGGACUUACGAAAUCUGCGCCGGCGCCGAAGAGUAAGAACUCAACCGCAUCCGCAAAGGAGAGGGACCUACCUCAGGUACACCCCCGAGCAAAGGGCCAAGAUUGCGCGGAUGUGCAUGGAGGUGGGUGCACAGAUGGCCGCAGCCAUGAUGUCUGAGGAAUUGGGAAGACGCAUCAGCCCCAACACUGUGAGGUCCAUGAGGAUCAGCUACGAACAGACGGUCGAAAGCAUGGGCGUCCAGAAAGUGGAAGACCUACCCCAUUUGAGGCCAUUCAGAACAGACAUGUUUGAUGAGGAGAUUACUCGCUUCGUAAUGGUGAGGAGAAGAGCUGGAGGUCAGGUUAGCCCGUCCAUGCUGAUGGUAGCCACGCGAGACAUUGUGAUGCGCAGAAACCCGGAGAUGCUGGCAGAGAAUGGCGGUCAUAUCCUAAUCAGCACAAAUUGGGCCCGUUGUUGGCUCCGGCGGUUGGCAGGAAAUAGAAUCACGUCAAAGAGGUAGUGAAGAUAUUGCAGGAGUCCUCUACUGUUAGGACAGUGUUUUUACAUGAAUGAGAAUUCCUCAUGUCUGUGUGUUGAAGUUAAGGAAGAUGUGUAACAUUCCGUGUUGACUGGUGUCCGGUGUGAUGUUAGGAGAAUCUGCAUGCAGCAUGUAACUGGAUGCCAUUGUGCUGUGUUCUCUGAAGUUGGUGUUGGCAGUUCAUAUCUUUAGUAUUUACAUUUUCUGAAUAUUCAAACUUUUUGAAGCGAACUAUUCAGAUCAAUGCUUUUCAUAUAUUUCAUAAGGGGAUGGAUGGGUUUGGUGUUAUAACAAUGGUAUGUAACUUGGCUAAUGUCUUGUAUGAGGUAACCACAUACGGUUUUGUUAGCUUUUUAAAUUGGUGUGUAUUGUGUAUAUUGAUGUGUGUAUUGUGUAUAUUGAUGUGUGUGUGUGUAGUGUAAUUGAUGUUAUCAUGCAGGGCUCACCUGCAAAAGAGACCAUGGUAUCAGCAUGACUCCCUGUUUAAAUAAAGGUUAAAUUAAAUCAACUGUAUUAGAAGUUUAUGAAAAUAAAUAUAUAUACACCUCACAAUCCUUAGUGCCUCUUAUGUUUUAUUCAUUUAGUACCGUGAGAGAGAAUGUGUUUAUGCGAUUGUGCUACCACUACAGAGACGCAUCGGCAUAUGCCAUGAAAAAAGUAACAAAUGAAAGCUGUAACAUGUAAUAUGUCAAACACACAGGUCAAGACUGUUUCGGCUCAGAAAAGGCGGAGUGUUUGUGUAAAGAAGUCGGUCAUAGAAGAUGAACCUGCUGACUCAUCAGAUGCUGGUACCCAGCACCAGAACACCACUGAGUCCUGUGAUGUGGAGAAAAGUUGUGCAUUUGGAAGUUUUAAACCAGAAAGUUGUUUGAACUUUGAAGAAAACCACUUCUUGACUUCACCAGUCAACAUCAUGGUCCAGAAAUGUGUGAAGCUACCAGGUGCAGCAGCUGUCAUGGACACCCAAUUAGACAAGUCCAAGGACUUUGACAACAUGAACAACUCCGGAAGAAAGAAGAGAGGGAGAAAAAAUGGCCCUUGUAAAGGCAAUGUAAAUUACUGUUUUGUAUGUGGAGAGCCUCAAUCAAAGAUCUCCCGCCACUUGAAACAGCAUGAGAAGGAAAAUGCUGAAAUUGCUUAUGUCUUAAGUCUUGACAUAGCUUCAAGACAGCGGAAAGUGUUGCUGGAGAAACUGAGGAACAAGGGAAAUUUCCAACACAACACUAACGUCGUAAACAAGGGAUCCGGCUGUCUCAAAGUAAAAAGGAAACCCAAACCGAAUAGUGGCGCGAAGAGAUUUGAACCUUGUCUUUACUGUAAAGGUAUGUUCAUUUGGCAAGAUGUGCGAAGGCACAUGGGAAGAUGCCCUUGUAGACCUGAGGGUGGAGAUAAAAACCAAGAGCAUCAUUAUGGCAAGAAGCGGUUCCUACAGAGCUGCUACACUGGACGAGUGAGCAGCAUGUUUAAUAAAAUCGAUGUGCAGCUCACGCCUGACGGGGGCGAUUAACUAGCACUUGUAUUUUGCCUUGCCAAGCUGGCUAAGCACUCGUGUGGGUGCUAUCAAGCAUGCUAGGCAUCAACAGCCAAUCCAUUAGGGUCUAGAAGCUAUAGUGAGCUUCAAUUGGUCAAUCGCGCUGCGUAAUCAAUCAAAUGUAUUUAUUAAGCCCUUUUUUAUAUAUCAGCAGAUGUCACAAAGUGCUAUACAGAAACCCUACCUAAAACCCCAAAUAGCAAGAAAUGCAGAAGCACGUUGGCUAGGAAAAACUCCCUAGAAAGGCAGGAACCUAGGAAAAAACCUAGAGAGGAACCAGGCUCUGAGGGGUGGCCAGUCCUCUUUUGUCUGUGCCGGGUGGCGAUUAUAACAGUACAUAGUCAUUAAGGCCAGAUUGUUCUCCAAAAUGUUCAAACGUUCAUAGAUGACCAGCAGGGUCAGAUAAUAAUCACAGUGGUUGUAGAGGGUGCAACAGGUCAGUAUAUUAACAGUAAAUGUCACUUGACUUUUCAUAGCUGGGCAUUCAGAGGUUGAAAUAGCAGGUGCGGUAGAGAGAGGGAGAGGUGAAAACAGGAGGUCUGGGACAAGGUAGCACGUCCGGUGAACAGGUCAGGGUUCCAUAGCUGCAGGCAGAACAGUUGAAACUGGAGCAGCAGCACGACCAGGUGGACUGGGGACAGCAAGGAGUCAUCAGGCCAGGUAGUCCUGAGGCAUGGUCCUAGGGCUCAGGUUCUCCGGGAGGGGAAGGAGAGGGAGAAUUAGAGGGAGCAUACUUAAAUUCACACAAGACAAGAGAAUAAUACCAGAUAUAACAGACUGACCCUAGCCCCCCGGCACAUAGAGUAUUGCAGCAUAGAUACUGGAGGCUGAGACGGGGUCAGGAGUCCCUGUGGCCCUGUCUGAUGAUACCCCCAGACAGGGCCAACCAGGCAGGAUAUAACCCCACCCACUUUGCCAAAGCACAGCCCCCACACCACUAGAGGGAUAUCUUCAACCACCAACGUACUAUCCUGAGACAAGGCCGAGUAUAGCCCACAAAGAUCUCCACCGCACGAGCCCGAGGAGAUGACAAACGGGACAGGAAGAUCACGUCAGUGACUCAACCCACCUAGGGAUGGCAUGGAAGAGCACUAAUAAGCCAGUGACUCAGCCCCUGUAAUAGGGUCAGAGGCAGAGAAUCCCAAUGGAGAGGGGAACGGGCCAGACUACACUCAAUCAUAGGACCUACUGAAGAGAUGAGUCUUCAAUAAAGACAAAGGUCGAGACCGGGUCUGCGUCUCACAUGGAUAGGUAGACCAUUCCAUAAAAAUGUAUCUCAAUAGGAGAAAGCCCUGCCUCCAGCUGUUUGCUUAGAAAUUCUAGGGACAGUAAGGAGGCCUGCGUCUUGUGACCGUAGCAUAUGUGUAGGUAUGUACGGCAGGACCAAACCUUGAAAUCAGCCUUAGCCUGAGUAUUCGAAGAGUUUUUGCUUAAAGUUCAGCUUUCCCCAACUAAGGUCCCGCUCUGUUCACGCUCCCUUGCCAAUGCUCACAUUGCCCAAUGCUCACAUUGCCCAACUUCACUUCUCUUCCACUGAAAAUGAUUGGCUUACCGUAGUUUAAUUGUCCACAUCGUCUUUAGUUAAAAGGUACCGUGAGAGCGUUUGAUGAAGUGGCUCAACCUUUCUCCAGGAUACAUUCUGUAGCAGCUAAAUGCCUACAAUGACGGUCUGCUUUCGUUACACCAACGCUACGCCCCCAGUAUAGCAGCUCUGUUAGGGGCUGAACUCAAAUCGCUAAGCUCAUAAACCAGGUUGCAACCAUAAUGUGUAAUACUCUAUACAUUAUCCCAACAGUGUUCAGAGUGGACUGUCAGAUUUUUGUUUUGUCCUGUUCUUUUAUAGAAUUUCCUGAUUUAGCCUCGGUUUAAAUUCUCCUCUCUAGGAAAUGCGACAGAACGAGAUUUGGUGUGUGUGUGUUUGAACAUGGGAAGCGUUUGUACUUUCACCCUGCCAAAACAUUAGUCACUCACCUUUCUAGAUAACGUGUAACCAGGUGUUGUCUUGAAGUAGCUUAGACUAGCUAGCAAGCUUUCCAACUUCUUUCGCCAAUUAGCUUCAGCCGGCAGGUGUGCGACCGUGGCAGUUGGUUUGAAUUUGGUUAGCCUAUCUGUGAGGCUAGCAGGAGUUAAAGUUCUCAGUCACUGCUGGUUUGGAGAUGACAUGGCCUAAUACAGACAGAAGCAUGUCUGUUCUACAAAAUGUAUUCCCAAAUAAAUUUAUUCUCAAAUAUUUUAUUUUCUCUGUUACACUGUGUGCACCGAACUGACACGCAUGAUUGUUGAUGACACUGAUGUUCAGAUGAAGGGAAUGAAAUAGUCUAUAAUGUGCACCAAAGCAGAGCUUAACUCAAACAGCGGUGUGUAGCCUACCAUAGCUGGUAAUUCAAAGCUUAUCACUCAGUUUGUAACUUUCAGUGCUACUAUUUUUGCCAUGUAAUGUUAUUAAAACAUAAUGACAGCCCCAUA